AUGUCUCCAUCUCCGACAAUCACCGUGCGGGCCCAUGCCAAACGAGCACGAGUCGCCUGCAUUGCUUGCCAGCAGAAGAAGCAAAAGUGUGACGGCCGGGCACCUUCGUGUGGAAAUUGUGUGAAAGGAUCAAGAACCUGCAUCAUCGAAGACCCCUCUACCAAACGGCAAUAUCCUCGAGCAUAUGUCGAGGCACUGGAGGAGCGCGUGGCUCGUCUCGAAGCAUCGCUGUCGGUCGACGACGGAGACUUUGACAGCAUAGAACAUGAUUUCAACCGCCCACACAAGCACACCCAGCAACCCCAAGAAGUACCUGUGUCCAUCGUAGCAUCGAUCGACGCAAACGCUCAAGACAGCCUGCAGAAUGAGUCAGCCAACGAUAAUGGCGAGACCCUGAACGAGCUGAGCGAGGGCCCAUCUGUGCUAGAUCUCCUUUGCCUUCGAGCUGCUGGUGGAGAGCCUCACUACUUCGGGUCCUCCUCCGCAUUCUCUUUUACGAAACUAUUUACUGCCCGUCUGAGAGGAGCCCAGUAUCCGUUUCUGCAUAGGCCGACGUACACCGAAUAUGAAGAUGCUGUUAUGACAGCCUGCGAGAACGGGCUUACCCCCGACCCCCUGAAAGCGUUCUUCGUAUUUAUGGUCACCGCGGUGGGUGCUCUCGCGGUGCCCUUCGCCGGCGCACCCCUCCCGGAGAGUCUUUAUACGGCUGCUGAAGAUCUCUUCGAACAUGUCUUGCAACUCAAUAGUCUGGAAACGAUACAGGCACUGCUUUGCUGUGCCAUGUACUCACUGCGGUCGCCCAUAGGAGUUUCCAUCUGGACGUUGUCGGGGUUAGCCGUCCGCCAGUGUGUUGAGCUGGGGCUUCACCGAGAUAUUCCAUGGUCAAAAGUCGAGUCAAACACACUCAAAACGGAGGUACGACGCCGCGUCUUUUGGUGCUCCUACAACCUUGACAGAGCAUGUGCUGUGACUUUGGGACGACCUGUGUCUAUUACCGACGAAGACAUUGAUGUUGCUCUCUUUUUGGACAUCGACGACGAGAAUAUCACGCCGACUGGAUUUCUAGCUCAAGCGCGUACAUCGAAUUUAGAGCCAGCAACAGUGGUCUCUUCCGCCCUCCAUACGAUUCGCCUUCGACGUAUAUGGGCGCGCAUGCAACGCACCAUUUAUCGAGAAACACAUAGUGUGGCCCCGCAUCGCAACUCCUCUUCAACGCAAAAGUUCAAAGACGAGCUUCGCGCGUGGAUGGACGCCGCCCCAGAGCAACUUGUAGAGGGCUGUGCAGCAAACAACGCAUUCGGUAGCCCCGAGUGGUACAAACUCAUGUAUCACCACUCGAUCCUACUUCUCCACAGAAGGCGCUUGGUCGUACGUCAACGGUCGUCUCACGAUCAAAGCCGGUGGGCAGCGCCUGAGUGCGAUGAUGCAUCGGUGUAUCUAGACUGCGCAUCUUCCUCACAAGCCAUUUGCGAGCUUUAUCGCACGCUAUACCUGAGUCAACGAUUGAAUGAUACCUGGGGUGCGCUGCACGUCCUAUUCCUAGCUGGCUUGACUUACGUCCACUGCCUGUGGAACAGUCCAGAGACAAGGGAUACCAUCCGACGAGACGUCGUGUCUUCGACGUGCACUUCUUGCAUGAUCGUUCUUGCCGUAAUGUCGGAGCGAUGGGAUGCGGUGGCACCAUAUCGGGACACAUUUGAAGCAUUGUCAAAUGCUACACAGGCCAUGCUGGUGGACUUGGAGACUGCGUCAUGUAUGCCAAGUGGGCCUGUGUUGUCGUCUUUACAGGCCGACCAAGUCUCCAAUUACUUUGCUGGCAUGGCUGAUAUUGGCAUGUGCUCAUCUGUCGAGCAGCUUCUGAUGGACAUGAUCACGGUAGAAUAUUAG